CGGCGGCGCGGACGGACGUCGGUGACCGGUGGUGAGAACGCAACGAGCAGAAGAGAGGAUUAAGGACAUGACAGAAUUCGUACCGGUGUAGGCCUAAAUGUAAAAAAAUAUCACAUUAUUUGUGUGCAGGUGUGAUUAGAACCUUUUGGCAAGUAGCUAAUACUACUGGCUUUAUGGACCAUUAAUUCAAGUGACGGCAGGAAGACUGCAACUUGAACUAUGGAGUUUCAGCACAGCGCCAGUAUGGCAAGUCUGCCUAGCCUUACAGGCUUCAGCGAGGCAAUUAGUGAAGCUGAAGAAAUCGAAAGCGUCAAGAGAUUGCAGCAGCAAGGCGAUGCAGCCUUCCAAGCCAAGGACUUUGCUCUGGCGGCAGCGUGCUAUGGAGAAGCACUGGAGAUAGACACUGACAAUGCUCAGUUGCUCGCCCGGAAAACCAUCUCCAACAUUGAACUCGGAGAGUGUGCCGAGGCGAGGAAAGAUGCUGAGUAUUUGAUCAAGCUGAACCCUCAUGUACCCCAGGGUCACUACCUUCUAGCCGUUAGCCUGAAUAACCUUCAGGAGUUUAACCUUGCAAUCAGUGCCUUCCUGAAUGCCUUGCAUUACGAUGUCAAACACCGAGACCGACUUGCCGACAACGUAGCAGUUGUAGCUGGAAACCUCUGUAACAUCCCUCCAGAAGCUUUGGAAACUUUCGCAGACUUGUCGCCGGCUGAAAAGCUACUGGAAGUGGGUAUCAACUUGAAGCGAGCCAAUCAGAAUGCUUCCUGCAUUGAGGUGCUGCAAAGUGCCCUGGAUCUGAAAACGCUGGACGAAUUGUGUCAACAGCGGGCACUGUUCAGCAUCGGAGCAGGCUAUGCCGGUAAUACAGAUUAUGAAUCGGCAAAAGACUUUUACAAACAGUGCUUGUCUAUCGCUCUCCAACAGAAAAACCAGCGAUAUGAAGCUGAGGUCUACUGCCGCCUGGCUGAAAUAUACAUACAAGAGGAGAGCCUUGAGCAAGGGAUCUUGUACUAUGUAAAGCUUCUCUCAAUCUGUCAAGACCUUGAAAAACUAGAGGUCAGCCCCAAUGAGUCCUGUGAUGUGAAUUUGCUGCGAGAAGUUCACGAGACCCUCAGUAACGCAUACAAGGCUGUGUGUGAUUUUCCACAUGCACUGAAGCAUGCCCAAAAGAAUCUUGAAGUGCUAGGAGGGGUCAAGGAGGACUUUCAAAUGGAGAAAAGUGAUCUAUUAGGGAAGGCGCACUUUACAGUAGCUUCUCUACAUGAAGCAGUUGAAGAUUUUGUGUCAUCACUUGGUCACUUUAAAUCUUAUCUUGCAAUAGCUAAGGCUUCAAAUGAUCGUGCGGGCAUGGGGAGAGCCUAUGGGUGUAUUGGAAGAAUCUACCAUAAACUGUACAACUAUUCAUUAGCUCAGAGCUUCUAUGAGCAACAACUUCAUAUUUCUGAGAAGCUUUCAUAUCACACAAUGCAAGCCACGGCUCUCAGAAGCCUUGCCAAUGUUCAUGAAGACUUUGGCAACACAGACAGGGCACUGGAAUGCCUUCAGAGGUACCUCCAAAUCAGCCGGAAGCUUGAUGAGUUUGCCACGGAGUGCCUGGCAUUUAUCGCCAUGGGAGAGCUGCACCAGGCUCAUGGAAAUCCCCAACACGCUCAGCAUUUCUACGAGCAAGCUCUACAUCUGGCUGAGCGAUCACAUGAAACUGAGCUGGCCUAUGCUAGCAGAAGCAAACUCGCCCAGGUGUUGCUCAUUUCUCGAGCUGAGAAGGAUCUCGAGAGAGCGCGGAUGCUGGCAGGAGAUUCCAUUGAGUAUUACAUCCAAGCCCUGAAAGAUCCCAAGCAGAACAAAGAGAACACCUUAAAGUAUCUUGAGCAGAGCUACAAACUCAUCCAAGUCGCUCUGAAGAAACUUACCAGACCAUACGAAGCCCUAGAGUAUGCCGAAACCCAAAUGAGACGAGAGUUUCUCAACAUGGUGGCCAAGAACACUGCUAGUUUAGGCCAGGGAACGGAGGCUGUACAAGACUUGCUCAGCAGUUACGCAACCAUCGAUGAGAUGCUAAAGAUUGCAAACAAGGAAACUGCAACAGUUGUGUAUCUCUCCCUCUGCCACUCCUGUGUUCUGAGUUGGGUCUUCCGACCGGGAGAAGGUUGCUGGACCGGCAAGGACGACCAAGACGCUGCCACCCAGGACUGUCCCCGGCACAUCCAAAACCUCAUUUCCUCCAUGAGAGUCACCAAGCACCAAGCAGAUGAAGCUUAUGAGACUGAAUAUAGAGCCCUGCCUCUCCGAGACUCCAAGAUACAUCAGUUGAAGACCAUGAACUUUGCCAAGACAAAACGAGGAGCCUCGAAAACAACCUCUCUAGAUGCUGCAGAGGAUGAAAGUAGCUCAAAGACAAAAGAGUCACCUUCCAGAAAGCUACACAAGCUUCUUCUCUCCCAAGUGGAGUGUCUUCUCGAAGGGUGUAGCUCAGUCGUGAUUGUUGCCGAUCGGGAACUAGCUCAAGUUCCAUUUGAUGCCUUAGAAGACGAGGAAGGGUAUCUAUUCGGUGACAGGUAUCACCUGACUUUACUGCCCUGUCUAGAAGCUUUGAAAUACACCCACAAGCAUAGCAGCAGUGACAGUAAUCAAAACCGUGCAGAAAUUGUCACAAACUCUCAAAAAUCACCAACACAUCCCAUAUACCUGGACCACAUGCUGAGAGUGGUCAUCCCUCCUAAGGAACGCCCUCACAGCAUCGUCAGGGAAACAGAUGCCGAAGCUCCCAAAAUGUCCCAGAACAGCACCAGGCCAUCAUACAUCAGCUUUGACCUUAACUCCUACCACUUUAUUAAAAGUCCCAAAGACAGGGUCUCCGUGAUGGAAGACCGAUUUCUGCGAGGCAGAGAGCUCAGUGGGAGUACCCUGAUUUCGAGGACAUGGAGCGGGCCCGACCUGCCCUCAGCACAUGAGGGGAAGAUUCAACACUAUCAGCAGCAGAAUAGUCAACUGAGGGCGCUUGUCAUUGGCAACCCAGCACUUCCAAAGAAGUUGAGAUUGCAUGGCAAGAUUUGGGAACCGCUGUCAGAAUUGCACAUCGCUCAAGAGGAGGCUCACAGGAUUGCUCACCGCCUUGACACAAAGGCCAUUGUGGGGUCAAAGGUCACCAAAGAAACCGUCCUAACUGAAUUACCCAAAUCAUCGCUGAUCCAUCUUGCAAUGUACGGCUCAUGGGAGCAAGCGUGCCUAGCCUGCACACCAAACCCAACCAGUCAACCACUUGCUGACAGAUCCCAUGAUCAGAGUGAUUGUGUGAUUGGAGUGGAUGACAUCAUCGGUCUGAAACUGCAGGCUAAGCUGGUGGUGAUGAGCUGUUGCUAUGGGAACCGUCACCGUGACGUUCACCUGGAACUGCCGCUUGCAUUUCUUGUGGCAGGUGCUGAGUCGAUCCUACUUCUACUGUGGUCUGUGCCAGACAUCACCCGGGAUAAAUUCUGGCAUCAUUUCUACCUGGCUCUGCAAGAAGGUCGUCAUGUCUCAGAGGCCGUAGCCCAAGCCAAGAACUCUUUGAGAGAAGACGAGAGGUUCCGUUCACCUCGCUACUUGGGGGCCUUUUGUCUCCUUGGAGGGGAUCCCUUUAUCAGCCUCCUGGAUGUCAAGCACGGCAUGUUGGAUCAGUUUCUCAACACAAUGGAGGAGACUUACCUCAGCAGUCAAAAGCAAGACGUAUUGAACAUAAGGAAGGUUGACGAACAGGAGGGUGCUUCAGAGUCACUUCCGGAGAGGAUGAGGAAGCAUUUGUCUGGUCUGCUGCAACAUCAUGCCCAGUACUCAGAUGCUAUACCACAGUUAGUUAAGCUGUUGAGCCAUUGCCUCCAUCUCACAGACCCUCAGAGCGACCAUCCAACACCCCCCUCUGCCCAGUCGCUCCCACCGUGCAUCUUAAGAGCACCCUCGGCCAUCCCAUUGCUCAAUCAGCUGGGGUUUCACUUCCAGGCGGCCGGGUCUGGUACCCUGGAUCCUCAGGUGGUCUUUCCACAGUGGGAUCCGGACUCCAUAAUAGAGCCUGCACUGCAGGCCCUCAAGGGCUUACAAGACAUUUGUGAGAAGGCGGAGUGUGCCCACAAUUUGGCCAGAGUCUUAGAGAGUCAGGAAAAACUGUUAUCAGGUCUCAUUGACGUGAUGAGCUUCACCAAGCACAUGCCAGAGAUCCAGCUGAAGGUCAACGACACAGGGGUUAGUCAUCUCUGGGGUCAUCACCAAGCGAGGGCGCUGCUGACCAGCCUGGGCUUUGCUCAAGUGGGCCAGUUCCUGAUGUUUGAUGGAACAACAGCUAAUAAGCGUCUCCUCCAUGCAGCCCUGCUAGUCCUGUGCUCCACCAUGGGUGAGAAGGGGCAUGCCAUGCUGCAUCGUCUAGACAUCCGCUACCUGGGCAUCAGCACCAAGUCACCCAUCCUCCGCUCGGCCCGUAAGACCCCCAUCAAGUCAGCCCUCAGGUCGGCCAGCACGAACCGAACAAUGACCCCCAGCGCCCUCAGGUCAUGCACACCCACUGCCGUCAGGUUACGAACAGCACCGAUAGCCAUGGGCAAGGAAUCCACUCAGGUGAAGUCGCUGCCAUCACUGAAUCCCGUGAAGGUGUCCAAAAACAAGUUUGCGUUUUCUACUCCAUGGUGGAGUCAACCGACCAAGUCACCUGAGGUUAAGGAAAAGAUGCGGCUAGCUAGAAGCUUGAGUGACCUCCACUUGGAAUACGCCCGACGUGUUCAACACACUCGUAACUGGCACGUUGAGUCCAUCACCCCACAGGCCCAGAAAUCGCUGUCAGCCAUUGGUCAGCCAAAGCCCCGCACCCAGGUUGUCAAGGUCAAGGCCGAUGCCACGCCCUCAUGCAGCCGGGAACCGGUGAACCGGGAAACAGAAUUAGGCACAGAGGCAAUAGAGCAGAGACGAGACUACAGCCGUUACUUACUGCAUGCCCGCAAUACAGACGUGGAGCGACGACAUGUGGACGCAGUGCAGAAAAUCUUCCAGCCGUACGUCAGCCAAAGAACAGCUGCUGCAGUUAUCAAAUGAAGUGACUUGACUACAAGAAGUCUGACUGAAAACUUCGUCAAAAUUCCGAGUUCUAAAAUGUUGCUCGUGCAUCUGGAUGCUACAUAGUGUAAAAGCAGCACCUGCCACACUGCUCUUUGCAUUAUCUGUUAUCAUUCUGGUCAGACCCAAUUUGUUUUGCAAUGCUAAAUUUUUAUGUACCCAGAUUUAUCAUAUUUCAGUACCCAAUUUCAUAUGAACAAGCGUGACAAACGCAUGGUUGAUAAAGAUUUUCCUCAUCAUAUGUUUGGAUAUGUACGGAUAAUCAAUGCCCGUGUAUUUCUAAGGAAUUUUCAUGA